UGACAGGAAUACACAGAACCCACAGCUCAGUCCUGAGGAACCACCAGAAGACCGUGACCAUGGGCAGAAUCAUCUUCUACGAGGACAGGAACUUCCAGGGUCGCUCCUAUGAGUGCAUGAGCGACUGCUCCGACAUGACCUCCUACCUGAGCAGGUGUCACUCCUGCAGGGUGGAGAGCGGCUGCUUCAUGGUCUAUGACCGCCCCAACUACAUGGGAAACCAGUAUUUCAUGAGGAGGGGCGAGUACGCUGACUACAUGAGCAUGAUGGGCAUGAGGGACUGCAUCAGGUCUUGCCGUAUGAUCCCCAUGUACAGAGGCCAGUACAGGAUGAGGAUCUAUGAGAGGGAGAACUUUGGUGGUCAGAUGUACGAGCUGAUGGACGACUGCGACAGCAUCAUGGACCGCUACCGCAUGUCUGACUGCAUGUCCUGCCACGUGAUGGAUGGCCACUGGCUGAUGUACGAGCAGCCCCACUACAGAGGCAGGAUGAUGUACCUGAGGCCCGGAGAGUACAGGAGCUUCAGGGAGAUGGGCAUGAGUGGGAUGAGGUUCAUGAGCAUGAGGCGCAUCAUGGACAUGUGCUAAUUUUACAUUUUGACUUCAAUAAAUGAUAUAAAUUUCUAAA